AUGGCUUCUAUUGAUGAUGAAAGUGGUUCGUCUAGUAAGAAAACAGUUGGUAAACGUGGUGUGACCCGAUUGCAAAAAAUUCACAAAGCCAAAAGCAAUGGAAAGAGAAUUGAGGUUCAAUGGAAUUCCAGAGGUCAACCAAUCAAGCAUAAUAGCAAGACUUUUGCUAGUUUCAUUGGUGUCACAGUUCGUCGGUUAGUUCCAAUAAGCUUGGACAAUUGGAGCGCGAAAAAAAAUAAAGAGGCUGUGGGGGUUUAUAAACAAAACAUUUGGGAUGAAAUUGAAAAAGCUUUUAUAAUUGGCGAGGAACAUCGUGCCUUUGUAUAUAGAGAAGCUGGAAAGUUGCACAGGGCAUUCAGAACAAAAAUGGCGAGGUCAUAUCUAAAAGAUAGUAAGGGUGGUUUUGUUAAACAUCGUCCGGCCAAAUAUUCUUUUUGUAUAAAACAAGAUGAUUGGGAUAAAUUUGUAGCCCAACAUAUGACUGCAAAGUUUCAGAAAGUUAGUGAUGAGAAUCGAGAAAGAGCGUUAAAUCCUCAACAUCCCUAUAGAAAGUCACGUUUAGGGUGUGCUCGUCUUGAAGUUGAUAUGGUAGAAGAGUCAGAAGUUGGUGAGAUAAACUGUAGUCAAGUGUGGAAGGCUGCCCGCGUCAAUAAGAGCGGGGUGAUUGAUAAUGAGAAUGUUCAAAGAGUUGUGGAUCAAUGUGAGAAGUUAACAGAAGCUCUAUCUGAAGAAGAGAGACAAGACCUUGGAAAUGGUAUAGCAAAAAUACUUUUGAAAGAUGAGGAGUUCAAGGAUAAGAUGAUUCUUGCACCUUGUAAUCUAGGGAAACAUUGGGUGUUGCUUGUCAUCAAUCUCAAUGCUGAGGUGAUAUAUUACAUGGAUCCGUUGAAUGGUGAGCCAACAAAACAUCAAAAUUUUAAAACAAAGUUUGAGAAGUGA